AUGGGUUCGGCUUCGGAGUUCUUCCUGGGCAUGGCGGCCCUACUGCUGAUGCCCUCUAUCGCCCACAUCGUCCUCGCUCAGAACGAUCCCUCUGACUGGGUUACCCUCCACAACGACGAGCGUAGCAAAGUGGGUGUCGGGCCCGUCUCGUGGGACGAGGAAGUCGCCGCCUUUGCGGAGAGCUACGCGAACCAAGAUAUCACCGUCUGUAAAACGCGCGGACACUCCGAGAGUAACAUCUACGGGGAAAACAUCUUCUGGAGCGAGGACCGCGCCGCCACUGCGAGCGAUGCGAUGAGUUUGUGGGCCAGCGAGGGGGACGACUUCGACAAAAGUACGAAAACAUGCGCCGAGGGCAAGGAGUGCGGACACUACACCCAAGUGGUGUGGCGCGAUUCUACAGCGAUCGGCUGUGCUCGCGCCGUCUGCAAUGACGUAGUAUUCAUCAUCUGCAACUACAGUCCCCCGGGGAACGUCGACGGCCAGGAUCCUUUCUAG